AUGCUAGCGGCGUUCAGUACUGUCUGCUCGACUUCUCCGAUUCCACCACAGGACCCCUGGAUGUCGUCGAGGUCGUUAUCCAUGAUUGAUGCCAGGAAAGCCAUACCAGCAGGCAACGAGUACGACGGCGCACGCAAAUCCCUCAAACGCCAAAUAAGUCUAAGAAAAGACCGAGAGCUCUGGUGGACAUCGAAAGCUCGGGAGAUGGAGAAGGCUUUUGCUACGGGAAACAGCCGUGUCCUUUAUCAACUGAUACGAUCGACUGGCCCUAGGAAAGCAACGGUCAGCGAAACGAUAAGUGAAAAAGAUGGCUCAUUAAUUCACUCGCGAAAUCGUCGACUAGAGAGAUGGGCCGAACACUUCGAAGAGCAGUUCAGCUGGCCUCCUGCAACACAGCCGGUGGCCCAGUCGCGCCCUCAGUGGCGCUCCUCUUUUUCCAACCCCAACCCCCCACUUGACAUCCCACUGACAGUGCUGGAUUUAUGCACCAAUUUACCAGCUCGCGCGUGCAAUGCGCAGCUACCUACCCCCCUUCAAAUCAUCGGUAAACGAAACUGUGGCAGCUACAACCAGUGUACGACGAGUACGCGGUUCUUACAGCUGACAAUGGUGAUGAUGACUCAGAAAGAUAUUAUGAUUAGAAUCAAUCGAAGGCGAAAUACUCUCAUUUGCGAACUAAUUCGGUUUUUCGAAAGAUUCACGUGGAACCCAGCUGAAUCUCUCGUUUGCGAUGUUUCCAGGCAACUGAAUGUGCUGCACCGGGCCGCCUCAUGUUUCAGUCGCUACGAUAUUCGAGAUAUCACAAUACAUUCGUUGUUCAAAAUUCGUCGACAGCCCACGACCGGCUUCGCCCUUCUUGGUGCUCAUCAGGUAGGCGCAGUCCCCGGAAACAUCACAAACGAGAGAUUCAGCUGGGUUCCGGGAGAGUCUCUCGAAAAACCAAAUUAG